AUGGCGCACUCCCGGCGCCGCCCGCGAGGGCGGCGCGCGGAGCAGGCCCCUGCUCGGCGCGGGCCCGGGCGGCGGGCCGGCAGAGCGCGGGGGCGGCCGCGAGGGCGGGUGCCGCUACAGCCCCCUGGCGCGGCACGAGCAGGCCGAGCUCGGGCAGCCCGAGCCGAGAGCGCCCGAGGCGCCCGGCGGCGCCGCCGCCGAGGGGCGGGCCCAGGGCGCCUCGUGGCGGGCGCUGGCGGCGGUCAGCGCGCUGCUGGUGGUCGUGACGGUGGCCUGGCUCGGCCUCCGCACGGGGGCGCUGCGGCUGCGGGCCCUGCCGGCGGCGGCGGCCCUGGAGGGGAAGGCGGGGCUGUGGUGCGCCAAGGGCGAGGGGGAGGGGCCGGCGCCGGAGCUGUGGAGGCCCGACGCCGCCGGGCCGCCGGUGCAGGUGAGGGUGGUCACGUACAACCUGUUCUGGGGCAUCCUCUUCGGCCAGCACGACGGCAUGGGCGGCAGCGCCGGGAAGCUGCUGAGGGAGCACGCCGCCGCCCACCCUACGACUUCCUCGGCUUCCAGGAAUGCGAGGACCCCGGCCGGGUGCUCCAGGACGCUGGGCUCCUCGACGAGCUCGGCGUCAUACAAGGUGACCACGCCCUCUGCCUGGUCUACAGGAAGUCCGAAUGGAACGUCCUCUCCAGCGGCCAGGAGCAGGUGGGCGAGGACCAGCCGGGCAACUACUGGGGCAGGCGCAGCGUACAGUGGAUGCGCAUCCAGAGCAAGCCCUUCGGGAGGAUAGUCUUUUUUAUGAACCACCACGGCCCGCUCCAGAUCGACUCCGGCGGCAUCUGCGGGGGGGAGGCCACCGCGUUCAACCUCGUCGGCGUUGCCACGGCCAACGCGGUUCCCGGCGACGCCAUCAUCCUGGUCGGAGACUUCAACGCGCGCGUAGACUCGAAGACCAUCGGCGAGCUCAGCGGGCGCCUGACCCGGCUCUACACGGGGGAGCAGUUCGGUGGCAUCGAUCAUUUCUUCAGCAACAUUCCUGCGGCUGUCCGCACAGAGAACCUCGGGAGCGGUGGCAGCGACCACGACGCGCUCUCCAUUGUCUUGAAUAUUGGCGAUGGGGAGCCUGUGAACGUCGCCCCUGACCAGCGCCAAAAUGCACACCCGGAAGAGCAGCCAGAGGAGCGCCCGGCGGAGAGUCCGGAGGAGCCCCCCGCAGAGGAGCCAGAGGAGCCGCCAGCGGAGAAUCCGGAGGAGCCCGCAGCGGAGAAUUUGGAGGAGCCCCCGGCAGAGAAUCCGGACGAGCCCGCAGCGGAGAACCAGGACGAGCCCCCCGCAGAGAAUCCAGCGGAGCCCCCAAGUGAGGAGCCGCCGCCCGAGGAUUCGACCGAGACCACGCUGACCACGACGACCACCUCGGCCACGUCGGCAACCACUCAAACAACGACCACGACUACCACGACCACCACGACCACCACGACCACGACGACCACUAAGACCACGACCACGGUCACUGCAGCCGCACCACCCGCGCAGCCUGUACCGCGGCCACCGCGACCAGCACCACUGCCGCAUGCACAGCCCGCGUCGCCAAUACCGCCGCCACCGCCACCGGCACCACCGCCGCCUGCACAGCCCGCGUCGCCAAUACCGCCGCCACCGCAACCGGCACCACCGCCGCCUGCAUCUCCAGCAGAGGUUUCCGAGAUCGUUGUAGCAGAAGCUUGA